GUGCUGCUGGCCUGCUACCAGCUUCUUGCUAAAAUCAGAGCACUCCCCCAUUUCACAUCGACUUCGAUUUCUUUCCAAUCCCCAGUCCUGCGCCUCUCUUGCAGCUCUGCCUCUGCCUCACGGAUCGCGUCCAUCCUCUGGUCGAUAACGCCCCCAGGGUCGCCUGCGGCAGUUCGCCGCUCUCUCCUGGGCUAAGUUUCCUGCCAUUUGCGAAAAGCGCUCCAUGUUCGAACAUACUCUUCCAUUGACCCUAAUUUCAUCUUCACUUUCAUGAAGCAUGUUCCUUGCCCUGUGGCUAGGCCAUUUGUCUCGGGCUCAUAUUCGAUCCGAGUCACGUUUGUCCAAUCUUCAGACGGAGGGACCACCGCUUGAGGUUUGCCUUGGACAACCCCUCGCCGCGCGACUCAUGCAGCCGUCUCUGUCCCCGGAGCAGUUGCCAGUUGGUACUAGCAUCAAUAUUAUUCGUUCGGCACCUAAGCCGCUCCAGGCGAAGGUGACAGCUGAAGCCAAGUUUCUUGGGCAGAAGGGCAAGAUCUAUCAAUCUGAAGUCACGGUUAGGGAUGAAGUUGCGGAGAUAGGGCGUGGCACCCAUGAGAGUGCUAUUGUAGAUGUGGCAAGACUGGAAAAUGGAGCAAAAAAGAGGGGUAGUACGGUUGAAUGUUGAUGCAUUUGGAGUGAAGGACUUUGAGUGACCUCUGUUCUGCUGUUUUUGGAUCACUCCUGGACAGCAGAGGAGGAGGAUACUGAGACCACGUCUUGAGUGUGUCUUUUGCUCAUACGUAAAUGGCGAGGAACCGCCGAGCUCCUUGAAUUCUUGUCUAGCGAGGCGGUACUGAGUAUUUUUGGCUGUUUGGCAUUGGACAAUUGUGAAAUCAAUAUCCACGGUGAUGUAAGCAAUUACGAUACAGACCACUGGAAGUCC